UGAGAAUGCAGUCGAAGUGCCACACAGGUUGCGCAACCAAAUCUCCGCCUCCAUGUUUCCUCCUGCCAAUCAAGCAAUCCUCCAACAACAACAUCUCACUAGAUGCAUGAGAAUAAUGCCACACAAACAAGAAUCAUGUGGACUGUUCAUCGCCGUAUUCAAAAGAGUUGAGAAGCUUGAUGUUGCGACACACAAACAACAAGAAGUGUUAAUGAACGUAAAAACAGACGUGAACACGAUCGUCAGGAUAACAACACUAAUAAGAAAAUAAAACUGGCUGCUGAUGAUGAUGCUAAAAUAUUGCAUGGCGACAUUAAACCCGGGCAUAAAAAUGAUAACGAGGUGACAAAUGAUGGCAGUUAUAAGAUGAUGGUGAUUGAUGAUGGUGAAAGCAGACAGGAUCCGUUGGAAGAUUGCAUGGAUGAUUACAUCAUACGUGAUUCUGUAAACAGUAGUGAUGAAACGACUAAUCAGGAAUUGCAUGGUGAUGGCAGAGAAAAAUCUAGAUUCGAGGAUGCUGAACUUCACAAUGAACAACAAAAUCUACAACAACAAUCUCCACCUCAACAACAACAACAAUCUCAACGGUCUGAGACUCACUUUAUAAAGUCAAAAAGAAUAAAUUUUAUAGAGCCAGAUAAUCCUGAUGUUCAAGUCAUCAGGGAUUUCUAUGGUCUGUUGCAUUUCCCUGUGGAAAAUUUGAUGAUAGAGAAGCUUGGCACGUACCCACAUCGUCUGUAUUACGUCAGUGAUUUCGUCAAGAACGUCAUCUCCAGCAACCACGACUCCUACGCCUUUCCAAGAGCUGGUGUGAAAAUGUUCAACUACCGGUCGAAGGACGACACAUCGUGCAAGUUCAUCAUCUGUCAAGAGGGUCUUCCACUGUUGUACAAAUUCAUGACCAAAAGAAUAAUUAAUUGCUCGAAAAAAGACUUUGUGGUCCUUGCUCGCAGUUCUCGCUUGUUGAUGUACAACCUGACUGCCAACAUGCAAAACAAACUCAAUAAAUUAGUGUUGUUGUUGUUGUUGCCCUGCGUCAGACAUCAUUGGAGGGAUCCAGACGAGGCCGUAGCCAGUUUUCCGACUGUCGCUAAGUUGCCAACUUAUAGAGAUGGGCAAUUUCGUGAUCAGACAGAAAAUGGCUGCUUUGCCGUUGUAUACAAUCCAAGAAUUGAAUCCAAUGUGAAUGCGUCGAACCAAUCUGAGACCAUCAACGCCCCAGUAGAUGACUCGGUGAAUAGUGAGGAUGAUUUCUUCGCAUUGGUUUGUCUCAAGACAGAACAUGCAUACGUCGCCUUGACAUCUGAGUAUUUAAGAAAGUAUUAUUUGCAAAGACUUUCAGUUCCAUCGCACGAAAUGGAGGCAUUCCGUCCAUCAAAUAGCUGUAAGGAGGCUUUAGUUAAUUUUGCGUUCUAUUUGGAGCAAGCUGGUCUAUAAAAGAACAAAUUGAUACAUUGCACUGACUGACCGUUUUCAAAUUUUCAAAAAAUAAUGCUGAAUAAAAUAAAUAGAACAACAA